UUUGGUGAGGGGGGGCGAAUUUUUAAUUUGUGGGUACAAAAUUAUAUGAUGGGUUUAUUUUUGUAAUUUUAGUAGGGUUUUUUUCAUAAAUUUUAAAAAAAUUUAAGUAUAAAAUGAAAAAAAAAAAAAUCAGUGGGGCAAAUUAUAAUUAUAGUGGGGGCAUCUUCAUAAAUUAUCAAAAUUUGAAGUAUAAAAUGCUAAAAAAAAAAGAAUCCACUCUUCAGUUCAUUGAAGAUAUGACUAGAAAUGUAGACUCGGUGCAGGAGAAGCUUUUGGCUGAAAUAUUGAGCCGAAACGCCAAGACCGAGUACCUCGGCCGGUUUGAACUUGGUAGUUCAACCGAUCGAGGCAAGUUCAAGUCCAAAGUACCGGUUGUCACUUAUGAAGAUCUCCAGCCUGAUAUCCAACGUGUUGCUAAUGGCGACCGCACUCCUAUUUUCUCCUCUCACCCCAUUUCGGAGUUCCUCACUAGUUCCGGGACAUCAGCUGGUGAAAGAAAACUCAUGCCAACAAUUCAUGAAGAGUUGGACAGAAGACAGAAACUAUACAGCCUUCUCAUGCCUGUGAUGAAUCUUUAUGUACCUGGUCUGGACAAAGGGAAGGGUCUAUAUUUCCUAUUUGUGAAGGCAGAGAGCAAGACCCCAAGCGGCCUAGUUGCGCGGCCGGUCCUCACCAGUUACUACAACAGUGACCAUUUCAAGACCAGGCCAUAUGACCCUUACAUGGUCUACACUAGCCCUAAUGAGGCCAUUCUCUGUGUUGACUCUUUCCAGAGCAUGUACUCUCAAAUGCUCUGUGGCCUCCUCAUGCGCGAAGAAGUCCUCCGAGUUGGUGCUGUGUUCGCCUCAGGCCUUCUCCGCGCCAUCCGGUUCCUUCAGCUCAACUGGAAGCAACUGGCGGACGACAUUGAAUCAGGGACCCUAAACUCUAGGGUGACUGACCCUUCGGUCCGGGAAUGCAUCUCCAACAUCCUCAAACCCAAUCAAGAACUUGCUAAGUUCAUCACCAAGGAGUGUGAAGGUGAGAAUUGGGAGGGCAUUAUCUUAAGAAUUUGGCCAAACACUAAGUACCUCGACGUGAUCGUCACCGGAGCAAUGGCUCAGUACAUUCCCACAUUGGAUUACUAUAGCAAUGGCUUACCACAAGCUUGCACUAUGUAUGCUUCUUCUGAGUGCUAUUUUGGGCUUAACCUAAAACCAAUGGUUAAGCCCUCUGAAGUUUCUUACACCAUCAUGCCAAACAUGGCCUACUUCGAGUUCCUCCCUUAUGACCCCUCAGCUCCCCCUCCGUCCCGUGAUUCGCCUCCCCGGCUCGUUGACCUAGCCGACGUUGAAGUGGGGAAAGAAUACGAGCUCGUGAUCAGCACCUACUCCGGUCUGUGCCGGUACAGAGUCGGUGACAUCCUCCUUGUCACCGGAUUCCACAACGCAGCCCCACAGUUCAAGUUCAUAAGGAGGAAGAACGUGUUGUUGAGCAUUGACUCGGAUAAAACCGACGAGUCCGAGCUGCAAAAGGCCAUUGACAAUGCUUCUCUACUUCUGCGUGAAUUCAAUGCCAGCAUAGUCGAGUACACUAGCUAUGGUGAUACCAAAACCAUCCCGGGACACUAUGUGAUCUAUUGGGAGCUGAUGAUUAAAGAUCCAGCUAAUUUGCCGAGUCACGAGGUGUUGGAGCAAUGCUGCCUAGCUAUGGAGGAGUCAAUGAACUCAGUGUACCGGCAAGGCCGAGUCGCGGACAACUCAAUUGGACCGCUGGAGAUUAGGGUUGUGAAAAAUGGCACAUUUGAGGAGCUCAUGGACUAUGCCAUCUCUAGGGGUGCUUCUAUCAAUCAGUACAAGGUCCCAAGGUGUGUGAACUUCACACCCAUCACAGAACUACUCGACUCGAGAAUGGUCUCGGCGCAUUUUAGCCCCUCGGCACCACACUGGACACCGGGACGCCGACAUUGA